CUCUUAGGCAUUUAUAUAUUUUGUCUGUGUUUUGACUUGCGUGUCUUAGAUUCUGCUGAUUAUUAACUUUUAACGAUUUAAACAAUCUGGAGCGUAAGUUUACCUUUAGUAUGAGCAGCGAUGACGACUUUGAUGCUGUAGCUUACAAAGCAUUUGAAGAUCAACUAUAUGAAGAACAGUCCUCAUCUGGAAGUGAUGAUGAUUUGGACAGUGAAGUAGAAGAGGUUCUUUACAGCCAAGUACAUUAUGCUUCUUCUCUUGUAUUAUCAGGAAAUUACACUCCAGGGAAGAAAACACCAGAAACAAGAAAGACAGUGGAUAGUGCCUUGGAUGCACAAGGACAAAAGGGUCACUUAAACAGCUCUGUUAUUGAAAUCUCAAGUGAUGAUGAUAGUGACGAUAACGACAGUGGUAAUGAUUACGCUGAUGAUCAUGAAGAUGUUAACCCUGCUUCUUCCUUUAGCUAUCCAGAGGUUGUGAACAUAUUUUGUGAUGGAAACUUUUCAGCAGCCGUCGAGGGAACAAGCAGGGUAAGUCAAGAGUCAUCAGAUGUCCAGAAUAAAGUGAAACCAGGGGAAAUAGCAGAAAACUGGGACCUAGAUGAAAGGGACCUCCAGGACUCCAAGGCAACCAAGCAACGUCCAAGAUAUUAUACACCAGGAAAGGGACUUCCCCAUGUGAAGUGUUAUAACUGUAACGAAAAAGGUCAUCUAUCACAAAAUUGCCCACUACCCAAGAAAAUCAGUGUAUGUUUCUUGUGUGGAGGUGUUGGUCAUGUAAAAAGACAUUGUCCAAAUGAGCUGUGUUUCAACUGCUAUGAGCCUGGUCACAUUUCCAAGCAAUGCAGGAAGCCCAGAAGGCGACCAUAUGAUCGCUGCAAUAGAUGCCAUGUGCUUGGCCAUAUAGCAGUUGAUUGUCCUGAUCGAUGGAGGCAGUAUCACCUCACAACUGAAGUUGGUCCGGUUAUUCGUCCUGACAGACCUGUUUCAUCUCCCUCGCCUGUAUAUUGUUACAACUGCGGUGACCAGGGUCACUACGGAUAUGAAUGUCAAGAGGAAAACGCAACAAUGAGAAGUGAAUUGCCUUUGCCUUUUGUUGUUUGCUACGACGGCUGCGGUCAAGUGUCUUCAUCUCGUGAGAAAAACAAUCACGAGAAACAGAACCCGAAGCGUAGAUCGAAAGACAAAAAGCAGCACCGAGCUAUGUCACAAGGCUUCUAUGAUCAACCCAGACAGCAAGACUGUGACAUGGACUGGAGGUUAUUUCAGCCUCCACCGGAAAAAAUACGAAAGACAGAUGAUAGUGAUGUUAGAAGAGUUUCAUUUCAUGAUGACAGCUACGACACCAGCGAAUUUAACUCACCAUACGCUGAUCGUACGCCUAACAGGAAUAACAACAGGAACAAGAGGAAGAAAAAACCUGAAAGAUGCGAGCGUAUCGUCGAGAUCUUAGACCCCAGUCCCUCCCAUGACGGCUUGAUCGAGGAACCAUAUGUAUUCAAGAAAAAGAAAGCGAAAAAGCGCGGAAAGCAACGUUGGCAAGGAGGAGACAGAUCUGACAAUAAUUUCCACAACGUUAACUUAAAUGCGCGAAAUAGCUCUAAACAACACCGUGAAAGAAGAUUCUCAAAUCCUCAGCGAAAAGAGGACUAUAGAUCGUUCGAAGAUAAGCAGUUUGACUCAGAAAGAACUUCACGGUACCCUAGAAAGGAAAACAACAAAUUUACAUCAGACAGAGGAUUUCAAUUUAAUAACGAAUCUCGUAGAAAGAAGGGGAAACCGCGAUAUUUGAAGCGGUAUACUUUUUAAAUUCUGAUAGCAGUACAUUUUUUUAAUUCGUUAUACAUGGUAAUAAUCGCACCUGUUGACAUUCCAAAACCCUUAGACAAGAUUUUAUCCUUUUUAUAGAGAUUGUUUAUGUGUCCAAGUCAAUCAACAAACACUUUUAUUGACAAUUUACCCAACGUUUUUAGUAGCAUAGUAUACUGUUUACGCAGAUCGCGACAUUUUUCGCUCGUCACGCAUUCGGCCCUGUUCGUUCGGAAGAACUGCGUGACAAGCCGAAAGAAUCUUCACGUAGGACUCUACAGACGCCUGAAAUUCGAACGAAAAAAGUUUUAACUGAUGACGUACUCCUGACUCUUUGAUUGGUUGUGAAUUGGGCGGGAAAUUUCGAAAUCGAGGCCACAGGGAUGUCUGAAGAGCUUUGUCAACGUAAUCCUUCGCUAGGAACAAAGAUGACGGCUAUACAUUUUACUGUCAUAUCAUACGAAUCUUGCACAGCCCAGAAUGUACAAGGAAAGCCAUAUUUUUGCAAUAUUUGUCCCUGUGCUAACGAAAUCGUGUAUGUUAGGUUUGAAUAUGCUAGAACUUUCCUUUACAUUUCAGGAGCGUUGUUAAAGUUUUCGUGUGCUAAGAAUUAUGGGUAAAUGUGCCAUUCGCCAUUUUUGUUAACCGCGGAGCAUUAUGGUCUACCUUUUUACAACAAUUGAAAGUCUGGGAAUAAUAACCAGAUUUGCACUAAUCUCCAAUCUAUUGAACAAGAAUUGUCACUUUUAUUGACGGUUUUCACAUUUUUAAUCCAUUAAAAAAUGAUGAUAAAGUAUGUUAGAGUUUUGUUAAAAUCUGAGACCAUAAAAUUAAUCC